AUGGUGUUCAAUUCCACUAAAAACCCAAAUGCAGCUAGCGCUCAAUGCCAGCCAAGUACCAUAAUGCUAUUCCCGACUACCUACAAACCAUAUGGAUGCAUACAAAAUUACAGAAUCUGGCUUGCAGAGCCUUUGCGAAACGUUUCUCGCUUAAUGCCAGCCAAGUACCACAAUGCUAUUCCCGACUACCCACAAACUCUAGCGCCCCUUGCUGCCUCGCUAAACAAUCCUCUUACCAAAAACGCUUUUGAACCUGUUUUCGUCCCUUUGCGCGAAAAAAACCCUACUGUCCCAGGUCUAACCUUAUGCCUGUUUCUGCGGUUCAUAUAG